CAAUCUUGAGAUCAUAUGUUAUCAGGUUAAUGGGACGUUAUUGGUUUGUGGGUUGAGGCCUUUAAACACCGCAAUCUAAAGACCUUAGUCGUUUGUUUAGGUACGAUCAUGGAAGUGCUUUACGACCCAUACAUAAUGCAAUUUAAUUCUGUCUAAGUAUUUAUAUCUUGGCUCGUGCACUGCAAGACACACUGUCAAGCAAUACUGCAGUAGCUCGCAAUAUCAAUUGUAACGCGGUGAAUCUUCUUCACAAGGCAUUGAGGACAGUCGGUGUACACACUGCUGGGAAAACCAAAGACUGGUCAAGUACUUACUAAUAAGGCUUUACCAUUGAAGCUGAUGUAACAAAUUAUCAAAUUCUGUGUCUCUAACUGGAACAGGAGAAGCGACCUUGCGUCUUAAGAAGCGUUUUGUAUCUUUCUUUGGAAUUAACACAAGAGAUCAAGUCGUGGCUAUAGACAGUGGGAUACAAGAUAUGCUGACAUACAUCUGCAUGAAGAAUUACUGAAGGGGGACAUUCACUGGUCCACAACUGAUAAUGACACAAGACAAGCAAGAGAACCUCCAGCAAAAUGAGAUGCAGGAGAAUUUUAAUGACUUCACCAGUGGUCGAUUUAUUGUUGGUCAAUCUUUCCUUGAGAUUAGUGAUCGUCAUGGCAAAGCCGCAAGUCCAACAAGACUACACCAAGUGUUUAUCUGGUGAAUCCGAUAAAAUUGGUUCUCUGUUCCCAGCAUGGUACUUUAUUCCUUGUUUGGAAUGUGUUUGCUUCAUGAAGGAUGGUGCAGAGGUUUGUCAGGCAAGACGAGUGCAAUGUCCACAAUUGAAAUGCAAAGUGUUUGAGCCUGCGUACAGUAACUGCUGUCGAGUUUGUAAAGGUUGUUUUUAUAACGGAACUAGUUACAAAGACGGUGAAAGUUGGACAGAUAAAGCUAACCCAUGCCAAAACCUUAUAUGCCGUGAAGGAAUUGUGUCAAAAUAUCUCCAGCGAUGUCCGUUUAGCCAUGCAACAAAUUCUAGUGAAUUCCAAGAGAGAGGGUCGUGUUGCCCGUCCAUAAAAUUAAACACUACCCAAGAUAUAUUUGUCACAAAUAAUUCAACUGACGAAAAUCUGGAGAACAAUAGCAAAGAGGUAGAACGUCCGUUAGCAGAUGAUCCAUGUAUACUCUGUAAACAGAAGAAUGGUUCGUUGAGUUGCCGGAAUGAAGUGUGCCCCGUAUUACCUUGCAAAUACCUACAACCGAGGGAUCCCACAAAAUGCUGUAGAGAAUGUGAUGAUAAAAACUUUUCACCCGUUUAUAUUCCUGACAAAUGGUGUCUGAUAAGUGGAAAAUCAGUGGAAGAUGGCAAAUGGCACCGAAAGAGUAACUGCGAACUUUGUCAAUGCUUAAAUGGAACUGCACUGUGUCAGAUCGAGACCUGUCCAAAGUUGAAUUGCAAACCAGAAAAUCUUGUUUUCUCCGGAAGCAGAUGCUGCCCGAAAUGUCGAGAUACUUCAGUGUGCAUGUUCAUGGGAAAGAAAUAUUCGAACGGAGACAAAUGGUUUCUGAAAGGAUGCGUGGAAUGUAAUUGCAAGAAUGGCAGGAAUUUUUGCAGAAGACAACUUUGCCAGAACCAGCCAACAAGCUGUCCCACUGGACAAACAUUAGGAUACAACGUUGGAUCAUGUUGCAAAGCUUGUGUCGAGAAGAAACAUCAUUGUGUGACAUUUGGCGACCCUCAUUAUCAAACAUUCGAUGGAAAGUUCUACUCAUUUCAAGGAACUUGCAAAUACCAUUUUGUCAAAGAAACCAACAAUACUUUCGGAAUUCAUGUUCGGAACAGCGAACGGUACACUGGAAGAUUUUCAUGGACGAAAACUGUUCUUCUAAAAUUCGGAAAAUACAGCAUUAGUCUACAGCAGAAGCUGAAAGUGAGGCUAAACGGGAAGAAAAUAAGAACGCCGUAUUUAGAGUACCCUUAUCUCGAUAUUCGUGGAGACAAGCGAUACGUGAGCGUUUAUACAAAUAUUGGUGUGACGGUUAAAUGGGAUGGUGAUAGCUAUCUUUCAGUGAGUAUUUCCAGUGCAUACAUGAAUCGAGUUAGUGGCCUAUGUGGAAACUUCAACGGCAAUUCGCACGACGAUCUGCAUUUAUCGAAUGGAUACCCUGGAAGUCCAAAAGCAUUUGCUUUAGAGUGGCUGGUUGGUAAAGACUCAAGUUGUCAUCAGAUGUACAAGGCGGCUUAUUUACCCAGGAACCGUUGUUUAGGCUUUAAACUACGGCAUGCUCACAAAACAUGCAGGAUAUUCAGAGAUCCAAAGCUGAGAAAAUGCCAUAUGAAGGUGAAUCCAGCCGUGUUCCAGCAGUCAUGUAUAUUUGAUGUGUGUGGGUGUCCAUUCAAUGCACGUUGCGAAUGUAGCGCCAUAAAGGCAUACAUGGCAGAAUGCAAACGUCGCGUCAAGGGGAAAGUUUCUUGGAAAUCUGAAGAUACGUGCAAUGCGCGGUGUGGAGGCGGAAGUAGAUUUAGUUACUGCGGGCCAGGUUGUAAGCCGACGUGCAAAACUUACCGGAAAAGAACUAAAUGCAACAAACCCUGCGUGCAAGGAUGCCACUGCAAUGCCGGUUACGUGUGGCAUCGGAACCGAUGCGUUCUUCCGAGGGAAUGUCCAAGGAAAUAACCGUAUGUAUGGAAAUUAAUAUCGAACUUCUCUGGCACGCAUAUCAUAUAUGUUUCAUGAAAUUAGUUAUUAUUACAUUUAAAACUGUAAUAUCCACACGGGUGCAUCUCUGGUUAGAUGCUUGCAACUUAAUAUCCACACGAAACACUGAAAAGAAAGAGCAGCAGCAAAUAGCAGGAUAAGGUCGGCUAAAGACGUUGUGGCAUAAUGACAGGGUCUUCCAUAUCGGGACCAAUGACUGCUUUUUGCGAUAUGAAUAAGGCAUGAAGGCAAAGAGGCAGAGCUUCGUGGUUUAGUUAAGGAGAAUAAUCCAUUUUUCAAUUGACAUUAUAUGCACGUUUAUACUGAGGUUUGAAACGAUUCAAAGUUACAAUUGUUAAUUAAUCUUAAUUAUUGAAUGUUCAAAAAACCGUAUGGUUUUAAAUCAUUAGUAACAGAAACCUCUCAAAAAACGUAGAUGGCUAAGGGCCUGUUUAUAUCUUCGCACUUGCCAGAUUGUGGGCUGAGAAGUGGGAUAUAUUUGCUCAUAUAAACCAGCCCUAGGAAACGUUUUGCCCGUUUAUAAUUGUUACGUCUUUUCAACAAACACUUAUAUAGAAAACCUUAAAAAGUUUCCACUUCCUUGCUUUUAAGAAGCAUGAAAGGACAAUGUAACUCCUUAAUUCAUCCAGUUUCUACUGAUGCUGCAGAGGCAUUACCAUUAUACCCACAAAUAUUUUAAUGUCAUCAAUUUGUUUUCAAUUGUUUUUAUGAUUUGUGUUUCAAAUAACAAUGCUGUGUUCGAGUGUUGGGGGGCAAUUGCAAGACUAGAAUAAUGUGUGUUUUUGGUUGGACAAAAUGUUUUCUGCUAAGCUAAAAGUGUACAUGAUCAUCAUAGUAGGCCAUACCUAUUCAGUCUCGUAACGGUGAAGCACGAUAUUACGCCUAUUUAAUUAUUUGCUUUACCUCUCUAUGAUUGAAUGAAUGAAGAAGGCCAUAAGAUCUACGGUUAAACUUCUAUUGAAUAUGUUGGUCACAACAGUGUGUCUUUCUAAUAGCCUCAUGAGCAUUUCCAUAGUUAAAGGCCGGAUAACACGGGAUAAUGUUUGCGGUUUUAGAAAAGCUUCUAGGUCAAAGUAUCACAAAUGUAGACAACUGCACGUCCGGCAGGAAAAGAAUCCUCGUUUUGGGCGACAGAGUUAAAACCCGAGCUUUCUGCUGAUCCAUAACAUAGUUAACAAGCGGAGAACACGCAUGCAAAAUUGCGCCACGAAAUUUUCAGACUAUUAGGGCACCAUUUCCAAACUACGCUUGAAGUAAUACCUAACUAAAAGGUGCUUUUCAGUUCACAUAUGCUAGCUAGGCCCAACGCACGUACAUAAAGAUGUUUCAACAGAUGAAAUAUGCCAGCAGCUGAUAGAGUGGAUAGAGCUCAAUAAUGGAAAAAUCUCAAGUGAUUGAACCGUAGCAUAAGUACAAGAAUUCACAGGAUAUUUUAGAAAUGCUAACUAUACUCCAUAGGUUUUCAGGAUGGGUUUUGCUCUCACUCCAAACCACCCCCCCCCCC